CAGAAUAUUGUGAUGAAAGACGAGUUUGAGAGCAAACAAGGCUUGGGCCCGGAGAUCGGCAAGCGACCCCGCUCGCUGUCAAGGAUAUGGACCGCCGCUGUUGUCGUCGCGCUGUAUUUGACAUGGAUCAUCAAACCGUUUUCGUCACAGUCACAAUUCGACCGUGUGCAGCAAUGCUCGAUUGAAAACUUUCACAAAGACCUCUAUUUCCUGGAGAAUGCACGCCCGAUUGAAGCACAGGAGUUUCUCGACAGACGCGACAAUCUAGCGAAGGCUUUACAUGUAUCUGGUGUUGAUGGGUUUGUCCUUGAGCCUGGUUAUACGUUCCAGUACUAUGCCAACAUUUCCCAGCCGCAAUGGGAGCCAUGGGAGCCAGAAGAACGACCAUUCUUGAUGGUUGUUCAGCCUUCUGUCAAUGCUUCUACUGGAGAAGUCAAAGCAAAGACCAGCUUCUUGUCACCGCACUUCGAAGAAGGUAGAGUGCGAAUGCUCGGUAUCCCAUCAGAAGGCGAACUCGAUAUCAUUGUCUGGGAAGAACACUGGAACCCUUACCGCACGCUCAAAGAUGGUCUAUUCCCCGACGCUAAUGCCACGCUUAUGGUCGACGAGGAGAUUCGUGACUUCCUCGUCCGCGGACUUGACGCAAAUGGCUUCAAGACAGUCGGUCUCGGUGGUGAGGUAGAGGCUGUUCGCCAGACCAAGACACCUGCUGAGGUUGAACUUCUCAGAGCCGUCAAUACAGGUACUAUUGAGGGUAUCAGAGCGAUGCGACCGUGUCUGGAGGCAGGUCUGACGGAAAACGACGUUAUCAAGAUCCUUGAUGAUACCGUGAAGACUAUCGGAUUUGAUCUGUUCUUCGAUAUCGUCUUGUUCGACAGCAAUGCAGCUCUUCCGCACGGUGGCUUUGCUACUGGAGACAAAGUCCUUACCCACGAAACGAUGGUUCUGAUUGACGCUGGAUACCACUACUUGGGCUAUUCGUCUGACGUCUGCCGAAGCUUCUUCAUUGAUCCUCCCAAGAAGUCUCUCAUUCGUCGAUUGCUUCGUCUUCCUGGACCAGAAAUAAAUAACAGCGAGCUCCAUGCUGAGAAGCUGAAAGUGUGGGAUAUCGUCUUGCAAGCCCAGACCGAAGCUGGGAAGAUGUUCAUGCCCAAUUCAACAGCUGCUAGUGUCGACAUCGCGGCCCGGAAGGUCAUUGAUGAUGCAGGCUACAAAGGGACCUUCACCCAUCGCUUGGGUCACGGUAUCGGAAUCAAGGCACAUGAAUCUCCCUAUCUCAACAAAGGCAACCAUGAAACACUUCUCCGACCUGGUAUGACUUUCACUGCGGAGCCAGGAAUCUACCUCGAGGGCAAAUUUGGUGUAAGACAUGAGGAUAUAUACCUUGUAAAGGAAAACGGGCCAGCGGAAGUGAUAAGCGGAAGACGUGCGGUCUCGCCUUACGAGCCAUGAUUGAAGCGGUAACCUCGGAGUGAGUGCUUCCUCUAGCCCUUGCAAAUACCAUUCUCCUGUAUCUGUCGCAAUUGGAAAAACACCCGAAGAACAAAUAUAAAUACGACAACUGCGGC